AUGAGACUGGACUCUUCGCUGGCCACCACUCUGGGCAUCCUCCAAAAGCCUCACGAGCUUUUCAUGCUCCCUCCCGGUCUGCCGUCCUGUUGCGUGAGAGACGGCGGGAUUCCUGGCCUAGCAGUCGCGCCCCAUGCCAAAGACCACUUCCCCCAGAAGCAGGACUGGUCGCUCCUGAGCCUCGAACGACCUCCACGCGAAGGAAGAAGGGAGCUCAGGUCCAGCGCCAGCGGCGGAAUGACCCCCGAGAGCAACGCUCGCGGAGGCAGACCAGAGACCUCGCGUUCAGAAGUGCAGGGUUGCAACAGAAAAAGGGGGCUUCUCCGGAGCAGAUGCCUGACAGCGCGCGUCCCCAGCCGGCCUCCCUCGGCCAGGCGGUGCCGUGGCUUCCUGGGGCCCGCCUGCCAAGGGCGUGGCCCUGCCGCAGGAGGCCUCGAGGAAUGUGCCCUCGAGGAAAGGGUGAAACCCAAGCGCCCCGGCCUCCAGCGCCCCAAAAAGCAAGAGGGAAAGCACUCCAAUAAGGGGCGACUUGCCACCCCUGGAGGGCACCCUGGUCGGGCGGGGGGGAGCCCCCAAGCCAGUCUGCGGGCUCCAAAGCACCAGGCAGCCCCCCCUCUCCCCGGGAGGAGAGGCCAGCAGCCACACGUGCACCUCCGAAGACCUCGCCAUUUUGCUGGACGUGACUCCUGCCGAGGCGCCGGGGCGGCGACGACGAAACGCAGCAGCCCCCGCACCCCGGGCCGGGCCAGCCCCCUCCCCGAAGGCGGCGGCGCCGGGGCCCCCAGAAGGCGAGGCGGCCCCGGAGCCUACCCGCCCGCGGCGCCCCCCCCCCCGGUCCCCGUCCCCGUCCCCGUCCCGCGCCGCGCGCCCUGCCAGCCCCGCGCGCGCCCCACUUACAGCCAGCAGCAGCGUGGCGAAGAUCAGCGCCCAGCAGCCGCCGCCGCCGCGCCUCCGCGCCUUGCCGGCUCCCAUUUGCAGAAGGCGCGGGUUCAAGUCCUGCCCGGGCAGCCUCGGUCCGACCCGCGGGUGCUCCUGGCGCCGCUCCCCAGCCGGCCGCGCAUUCGCCUCCUUCCGUGCGGCCAGUCCCCGCGCAGCGCCGGCGGCCGAGAGCGUAGGGCAAAUUUUGGCCCGCAGACGGUCAUCGUGGCCAUCCCCAAGGAGAGUCUGAAAAUGCGGCAGUGCUGA